AUGGCAGCGAGCCGGGACGUGGCGGCCCAGCUGCUCUUCUACGUGAACGGCCGCAAGAGGAAUCAGUUCGCGUGCCCUGGUCUCAUGUUAGCACAAGCCUAUCAACGUGGAUGUCACAUUUUCUCUCAACUUGGUCUUUUAUUUUUCCUUCCUGAAAAGGUGGUAGAAAAGAAUGUGGACCCCGAAACCAUGCUGUUACCUUAUCUGAGGAAGAACCUCCGGUUCACAGGAACUAAGGAUGGCUGUGGAGGAGGAGGCUGUGGUGCCUGUACAGUAAUGCUAUCACGAUACAACCCCAUCACCAAGAAGAUAAGACAUUAUCCAGCCAAUGCCUGCUUGAUUCCCAUCUGCUCUCUGUACGGUGCUGCUGUCACCACAGUAGAAGGUGUUGGAAGCACCAGCACCAGGAUUCAUCCGGUUCAGGAGAGGAUUGCCAAGUGCCAUGGCACCCAAUGUGGAUUCUGCACCCCAGGCAUGGUGAUGUCUAUCUAUGCGCUGCUGAGAAACCACCCAGAGCCCUCCCUGGCUCAGUGUAUUGAUGCUCUCAGUGGUAACUUGUGUCGUUGCAAUGGAUACAGGCCCAUAAUAGAUGCAUGCAAGACCUUCUGUAAAAAUACUGGCUGCUGUCAAUGUCAAGAAAAUGCAGUCUGCUGUUUGGAUCAAGAAAUAAAUGGAUUGCCAGGUCCUGAGGAAGGAAGGAAGGCACAUCCAAAACUCUUCUCAGAAGAGGAAUUUCUGCCAUUGGAUGCGUCCCAGGAAUUGAUAUUUCCCCCCGAGCUCAUGAUCAUAGCUGAGAAAGAGCCACAAAGGACCAGGGUUUAUGGUGGAGAGCGAAUGACAUGGAUUUCCCCAGUGACUCUGAAGGAACUUCUGGAAGCCAAGGUCAAGAAUCCUCAGGCUCCUAUUGUGAUGGGGAACACCUCUGUGGGACCAGAGGUGAAAUUUAAAGGCAUCGUUCACCCCGUUAUUAUUUCUCCUGAUAGAAUUGAAGAGCUGAGUGUUGUAAAACAUACACAUAAUGGGCUGACCUUAGGUGCUGGCCUCAGCCUGGCUGAGGUGAAGGACAUCCUGGCCGACGUCAUUCAGAAACUUCCCGAGGAGAAGACACGGAUUUAUCGGGCUCUCCUGAAGCAUUUGGGAACUCUGGCCGGGUCACAGAUCAGGAACAUGGCUUCUUUAGGAGGCCACAUCGUAAGCCGACAUCUAGAUUCAGAUCUGAACCCCCUCCUGGCUGUGGGCAAUUGUACCCUCAACUUGCUAUCAAAAGGAGGAGAGCGGCAGAUCCCCUUAACCGAGCAGUUUCUCCAAAAGUGCCCCAAGGCAGAUCUUAGGCCUGAAGAAAUCUUGGUCUCAGUGAACAUCCCUUACUCUCGGAAGUGGGAGUUUGUGUCGGCUUUCCGACAAGCCCAGCGGCAACAGAAUGCGCUAGCCAUCGUCAAUUCCGGAAUGCGAGUCUUUUUGGGAGAAAGGGAUGGCCUCGUUAGAGAGCUGUCCAUUUCUUAUGGAGGCGUUGGCCCCACCACCGUCUGUGCCACACAUUCCUGCCAGCAACUCCUUGGAAGGCCCUGGAAUGAAGAGAUGCUGGAUGCAGCUUGCAGGCUGAUUCUGAGGGAAGUCUGUAUCCCAGGCUCGGCACCGGGAGGGAAGGUGGAAUACAGGCGGACUCUCAUCAUCAGCUUCCUCUUCAAGUUUUACCUGGAAGUGUCACAGAUUUUGAAGAGGAUGGAUCCCGUUCUCUAUCCCAGCAUUGCAGACACUGAUAAAAGUGCUGUAGAAGAAUGCCAUUCCCCGCUGCCCUGGAGCAUGCUACAGUACCAGAGUGUGGACCCAAGACAACUUCCCCAAGACCCAGUUGGCCAUCCCAUCAUGCAUUUGUCUGGUAUUAAACAUGCUACAGGUGAAGCCAUCUACUGUGAUGACAUGCCUGCGGUGGACCAGGAACUGUUCUUGACUUUCGUAACCAGUUCAAGAGCUCAUGCUAAGAUUAUGUGCAUGGACCUCUCAGCAGCACUCAGCAUGCCAGGUGUGGUGGACAUCGUGACCGCAGAAGACCUUCAUGGUGUAAACUCCUUUUGUUUCUGGACUGAAGCUGAGAAACUCCUGGCCAGAGAUGAAGUACUUUGUGUGGGUCAGCUGGUCUGCGCUGUGAUCGCCGAAUCCAAGGUCCACGCACAGCAAGCCGCUAAGCGAGUGAAGAUUGUUUACCAAGAUUUGGAGCCACUGAUCCUAACCAUCGAGGAAGCUAUACAACACAACUCCUUCUUUGAAUCAGAAAGAAAAUUGGAAUGCGGAAAUGUGGAUGAAGCAUUUAAAAUGGUUGACCAAAUUCUCGAAGGUGAGGUACAUAUGGGAGGUCAAGAACAUUUCUAUAUGGAAACUCAAAGCAUGCUUGUGGUUCCCAAAGGAGAGGACCAAGAAGUGGAUGUUUAUGUCUCCACACAGUUUCCCAAAUACGUACAGGCUAUAGUUGCCUCAACCCUGAAGGUCCCAGCUCACAAGGUCAUGUGCCAUGUGCGGCGUGUUGGCGGGGCGUUUGGGGGGAAGGUAAUGAAAACCGGCAUCUUGGCAGCCAUCACCGCCUUUGCCGCCAACAAACUCGGUCGUGCAGUCCGCUGCGUUCUGGAACGAGGAGAGGACAUGUUAAUAACUGGAGGUCGCCACCCUUACCUUGGAAAGUACAGAGUUGGAUUCAUGACUGAUGGCAGAAUUGUGGCCCUGGACGUGGAGCAUUAUAGCAAUGGAGGCGCCUCUCUGGAUAAGUCAGUCUUUGUGAUAGAAGCAGGAAUUCUGAAACUGGACAAUGCUUACAAGUUUCCCAACUUGAGAUGCCGGGGUCGGGUGUGCAAAACCAACCUUCCAUCUAACACGGCUUUGCGUGGGUUUGGCUUUCCUCAGACAGGAUUCAUCACUGAAGCCUGCAUUACAGAAGUGGCAGCCAAAUGUGGCUUGUCCCCCGAGAAGGUCCGAAUGAUAAAUAUGUACAAGGGACUUGAUCAAACACCCUACAAUCAACAGAUUGAUGCCAGGAACCUGAGCCAGUGUUGGAGAGAAUGUAUGGCCCUGUCUUCUUACUCGGCGAGGAAAGCAGCUGUGGAAAAAUUCAAUGCCAAGAAUUCCUGGAAGAAGAGAGGACUGGCCGUGGUCCCUUUAAAGUAUCCCGUGGGCGUGGGCCCCGUUGCUGCUUGUCAGGCUGCCGCUCUGGUCCACAUUUACCAGGAUGGAUCUGUGCUUGUGACUCACGGUGGAGUUGAAAUGGGCCAGGGGGUCCACACCAAAAUGAUUCAGGUGGUCAGCCGUGAAUUAAGGAUGCCAAUGUCCAAUGUUCACCUGCGUGGAACCAGCACAGAAACUGUCCCUAAUACAAGUGUCUCAGGAGGGUCGCUGGCGGCAGAUAUCAAUGGGUUGGCAGUGCAGAAUGCAUGUCAAACUCUUUGGAAACGCCUUGAACCCAUCAUCAGCAAGAAUCCCCGAGGAACUUGGAAGGAUUGGGCACGGGCUGCUUUUGGUGAAAGCAUUAGUCUUUCAGCUACUGGCUACUUCAGGGGUUAUGAGUUAAAUAUGGACUGGGAGAAAGGCACAGGGCAUCCCUUCGAAUAUUUUGUGUAUGGAGCUGCCUGUUCCGAGGUUGAAAUUGACUGUCUGACAGGGGAUCAUAAGAAUAUCAGAACAGACAUUGUCAUGGAUGCUGGCUGCAGUAUCAAUCCAGCCCUUGACAUAGGCCAGAUUGAAGGAGCUUUUAUUCAAGGCAUGGGACUUUACACACUAGAGGAACUGAAUUAUUCUCCUCAGGGUGUCCUGCGUACCCGUGGCCCGAACCGAUAUAAAAUCCCCGCUGUCGGUGAUAUCCCCACCGCCUUGCACAUUUCUCUGUUGCCUUCACCUGAAAACUCAAAUACCCUGUACUCAUCGAAGGGUCUGGGGGAGUCUGGACUAUUCCUGGGAUGUUCUGUGUUUUUUGCAAUCCAUGACGCACUAAGGGCAGCUCGGCAGGAGAGAGGCCAGUUUGGGCCACUGAAGCUUCAUAGCCCACUGACCCCGGAGAAGAUUCGAAUGGCCUGUGAAGACAGGUUCACAAACAUGAUUCCAAAAGAUGAACCUGGAUCUUAUAUUCCUUGGAAUGUCCCUGUGUGAAUCAAGUCUAACGCUCUGGAGAAGACGGUGUGCCUCUUCGGACCUCACAGUCUGUCCAGUCUCUGCUCUGACACUCCCAGUCCAGUGGACAGACUCCCACAGCCUACACAUGACUCCACAAUGUCGCUUUUAUGUCAAGCUGAUUUGAAAUGUGCCAUUUAGAUUUUGAAAGAUACGCGCAAGCAAUUUAGAGAUCAUUUUAAAAUUGUGUAAGUCCUGAUUGCCUCUUUUCUCCAUUACUCUGUCUCUCAAAUCCAUCCAGUGGAAUGGGGUAGAAGAUGAUGACUUGUAUGU